AUGGAGAGAGUUGCAAUAGUGGGGAGUGGUCUGAUUGGACGGAGCUGGGCCAUGUUGUUUGCUGCUGCAGGAUACAAAGUUAGAAUAUACGAUAUUGAACCAAAACAGAUAACCGACGCACUUUCCAACAUUCGCUCACAACUAGAACAUUUGGAAGAAAUUGGUUUGAUGCGAGGACACUUGACUAAAGAGCAACAGUUUCAGGCUAUAGAAGGAACAAAUGAUUUGAAAUAUUGUAUAAAAGGAGCAAUAUAUAUACAGGAAAAUGUUCCAGAAAUUUUAGAGUUGAAGAGAAGUGUUCAUCAGAAGAUCGAUGCUAUUAUGGACCCUACGGCAAUACUAACCUCUUCAGCCAGUACAAUUGUACCUUCAGAUCUGUGUAGCCACUUGAAAAACAGAAAUAGGUUUAUCGUUGCUCAUCCUACAAAUCCGCCAUUUUAUGCUCCAUUGGUAGAACUUGGACCUUCUCCAUGGGCAGAUCCAGAUUUGUUGCCACAGACAACAGCUUUAAUGAAAACGAUUGGACAAAGUCCUGUUACUGUUAAAAAGGAAAUAUUGGGAUAUGUCCUCAAUAGGAUACAGUAUGCUUUAUUACGGGAAUGCUUUAGUCUUAUAAGAGAAGAUGUUGUAAGUGUCCAGGAUUUGGACAAGGUAAUGUCUGAUGGACUAGGCCGCAGGUAUGCAUUUAUUGGACCAUUCGAAACUGCUUACUUGAAUGCUGGCCCAGAUGGUAUGAUUGGUUGGGGUCGGAAAUACGGUGCAGAUAUUUUGAGGGUGUGCCAGUCUUUUGGAGGCCCAGAACCCUUUGAAGGACCAACAGUCGAUAAAAUGCAAAGUGAAAUGGUGAAAUAUUUACCUUUGGAUAAACUGGACGAGAGAAGAAAAUGGCGUGAUGCGAGACUGUCAGCACUUGCAAAGCUAAAAGCUUCUUUUGAUUCCGAAGAAGACAAAGAUAAUUGAGUGAAAAAAAAUAAUAAACCAAAAUUUCA